GUGGUAUGAGGCGAAAUGGGCACAUCAUGUUAUGUGGCUGAAGAAAUAAUGGAGAAUGCCCUGCACGCCCGGGAUCGGGUUGGGGUGCAGGACUUUGUGCUGCUAGAAGACUACCGAAAUGAGAAAAGUUUCAUAGAAAACUUGAAGAAAAGAUUCAAAGAAAAUCUCAUUUACACUUAUAUUGGAUCUGUGUUGGUAUCUGUUAACCCUUACAAGGACUUGGGAAUCUACCAAAAAGAAUAUGUAGAUCAGUAUAGAAACGUGAAUUUCUACGAGUUGCCGCCUCACGUGUUUGCCAUAGCUGAUACAGCCUACAGAUUCAUGCGAGAGGAAUGUCGCGAUCAGUGUAUUUUGAUAUCUGGUGAGAGUGGAGCAGGAAAAACAGAAGCAUCAAAAAAAAUUCUCCAAUACUUGGCUGCCGCUAGUUAUCAUGCUACACAGGUGGAACACGUUAAAGACAAGCUUUUAACAUCGAAUCCAGUUUUAGAGGCGUUUGGUAAUGCAAAAACAAAUCGUAAUGACAAUUCCAGUAGGUUUGGCAAAUACAUGGAUAUUGAGUUCAAUUUCAUGGGGGCACCACUUGGAGGUCAUAUCUUAAACUACCUUCUUGAGAAAUCUCGAGUGGUUCAUCAGAAUCCUGGUGAGAGGAACUUUCAUAUAUUUUACCAGUUGGUGAUGGGUGCAGAUGACAACUUGCUGCAGAAACUGUUUCUGCAACGAGAACCAGAGUUGUACUACUACAUGAACCAGGGUAACAGCACCACAGUGUAUGGGGUAGAUGAUGCAGCACAGUUCCAGGUGGUAAAAAGUGCCUUGUCAGUUAUUGACUUUACUGAAGAAGAGGAAGAGGCUUUGUUUAUGAUCACUGCUUCUAUUCUGCACGUUGGUAACAUUGGUUUUAGUGAAGAAAAUGGCCAAGCUAUAAUAGCCCAGGAGAAGUCUGUGUCUUCUAUAUGCAAGUUGCUAGGAUGUCCAGAAGAUGUUCUGAAAGAUGCUCUUACACAUCGUACCAUUGAAGCUCGUGGAGAUACUGUUGUUAGUCCACUAAACCGAGACCAGGCUAUUUAUGCAAGAGAUGCUCUGUCUAAGGCAGUGUAUGAGAGACAGUUUAAAUGGUUGGUCCAGAAAUUAAAUAACUCACUGGAGAACAAGAGUGAGUCUGGAAGGAGGACACUGAUGGGAUUACUAGAUAUAUAUGGGUUUGAAAUCUUCCAAAACAACAGUUUUGAACAGUUUUGUAUUAAUUACUGCAAUGAGAAGCUUCAACAACUUUUUAUUGAACUAACACUGAAGCUAGAACAGGAGGAAUACAGAAGAGAAGGGAUUGAGUGGGAAACAAUAGAGUACUUCAACAACAAGAUCAUUUGUGACUUAAUAGAAAAGCAGCAUAAAGGUGUUAUAUCUGUUCUGGAUGAAGAAUGUCUUCGACCAGGAGAUGCAACAGAUGUAACGUUUUUAGAUAAACUGGAGACAACUGUAGGGACACACCCACACUUCUUGUCCUACAAGGUAGCAGACAACAAGACAAAAAAAUCUUUAUAUCGAGAGGAAUUCAGACUCAAACACUAUGCUGGAGAUGUGACAUACAAAGUAGAAGGAUUUCUGGACAAGAAUAAUGACCUUUUAUACCGGGAUCUUAAAAAGGCUAUGACGAAGUCUUCAAAUUUAAUCACAAAAUGUACAUUUCCUGAUUGUGAGCUUACGAGCAAAAAAAGACCAGAUACAGUAGCCACUCAGUUUAAGAAAAGUUUAUCUCAACUAAUGGACAUCCUUAUGUCCAAAGAACCAUGGUACAUCCGCUGCAUCAAACCAAAUGAUAACAAACUGUCGGCUCAGUUUGAUGACACAAUUGUAGGACAUCAAGUAAAAUACUUAGGCCUUAUGGAAAAUUUGCGUGUUCGAAGAGCAGGAUUUGCCUAUCGACGUCCUUAUGAAGAUUUUCUUAAAAGAUAUAAGUGUCUGUGUCCAAGCACUUGGCCAGACUAUCAGGGCAAUGCUAUAGAUGGGGUGGAGAAGUUGGUAAAUCAUCUAGGUUACAAAUCUGAUGAUUAUAGAAUGGGAAAAACAAAACUUUUCAUUCGUCUCCCACGAACUCUAUUUGAGACAGAAGAUGCUUUUGAGCAAAAGAAACAUGACUUGGCUACAAUAAUCCAAGCCAAGUUCCACGGUUAUAGCCAAAAGAAAAAGUUCCUUCAGAUGAAAAUGGCAGCAACUCUCAUAGCCUGCUAUUGUCGAAGAUAUCUUGCUAAGAAGUUGCUUGAAAAAAGGAGAUGGGCAGUCAAAGUGAUUCAUAGGUUCAUCAAAGGUUUUAUCACUAGAAAUGAGCCAGAGAAUGAAGAGAACAAGCAUUUUGUGCAGUGUGUCAAAGCCGAAUAUUUGCGUCGUUUAGCCCAAAAUCUGCCCAAGAGUGUUCUCGACAAGUCGUGGGCUCCUGCCCCAGUAUCUUGCCGUAAGGCUUCUGAACUGCUCCAAGACAUGCAUAGAAAGUGGCUGGCAAGAAAAUACUGUAAAUUCAUCUCUGCUGAAUCUAAAGCUCAGGCACUUUCCCACAGGCUUAAGGUGCUGGCAUCUCGGCAGGAGAUUUGUCUACAUUUAUUUGUGGGGAGAUUGAAUGUUAUACCAGUCAACCUCUAUCUACAGACAUUGCCCCACUUCCUCCUGAACCUGUGGAACCUGGGCAGGCUGACAAGGACUUUGAUCACCUGUUUCCACCUCCUGAAUUUGCCAUGCCUUCCCAUACCCUACCUGAGGACUCUGUUUGGCCUUCCAUGGUUUUUUCGGACUUUAUUUCUCAGGGGCCAGUUCUUCAUUCCUUCAUUACAUGGAUCCAAUUCAGUGCUUGACCAGAAAGUUGUUGCUGAUGACUUGUUUAAGAACAAGAAACAAAGCUAUUCUCAAAGUGUGCCAAAGCUUUUUGUUGAAAACAGGCUAA